AUGGCAUAUAAGAAUGCCUUAGCCAACGAUGACAGUGCAGAUCCGGCGUACGUCUUCGACGAACUCCAAAUGGCUCUCCCCACUCGCCGACCCGAGUUUGCAAACUUUCUGCGAUCGGCGAAACCGGAGUUUGUGGAAAAGAUCUACUACACGACGGUGACGUAUUACACGAACGUGGCAUCGGACAGUUACAUAUCUCGGACAGAGGUGAUUUCGAACGUGGUAACCCAAGAAGCGGAUCAUCUUUCCUCGUUCGAUCACACACCGAGCGUUACGGCCAUCGUGACCCUCACGCCUGGGUUCUCUGAUGACCUCUAUUCCAUCCGGACGCUAGUGACGAGGUUCACUUAUUACAAUACGCUAUCUUACGGCGAGACGCCCCUGGUUUUGAGUUCCACCGAGACGCUAUCUAACAUCGAGACCAUCGCCAGAGAUCCGCUAAACAAGGAACUCAUCACUCCGACUUCCACUGCUCCGGACACGCAGACGUAUUUCAACACGUUCGUCUUCUACAAGACGGUGACGGACGAAGGGAAAGAGGAAGUGCUGUCGAAGGAGGAGGUCGUCACCCAGGUCGUGGUCACCGAGGUCCAAAAUCUCCCUCCCGUGGCAACUAUGCAAGUCCAGAAGACCUAUUUCACUACUUACACUUACUUGACCACGGCCGUGGUCGAUGGGAAGACCGUGGUCAACAGCGACGUCGUGGUCAGUUCCGAAGUCAUCAAGGAGGACAUGGAAGUGGGACCAUCUGCCUGGUUCUCGUCAACCCCGACGUUGGAAUCCUCUUUAGAUGCCGACGGGGAACCAGAGAUUCUGGUCACGAGGGUCUACUAUACCUCCUACACCUACCUUUCCACCAUUUUGGAUAACGGGAAGACGAAGACGGUGACGAGCCUGGACGUGUCGUCGAGUUCCGUCGUGGAACCAUUGACGGAUGCCGUCGAAUCCUCGUAUGUGGACGCAUUGAGAAGCUCUUUGUUCGCCGAGAAGGGAUCUCCGAUCACUGCCACUGUGAACGGGGAGACGUUGAUCGUUGGGACUGAGACACCCGUGAUCACCGCAGACCGUGAUCCCCCUGCGAAAACCAUCACCUAUUUCCGACUGGGUCCACCGGGGUUGUUUGCAAGUCUCAGGACCUUCUAUGCCACCUUCACGACGGUGACCCAGAACGAAGACGGUUACUUGAAGACCCUAGAGACCGUUCACACAAAAUUCCUCACCGAUACCUUGACCCUGGCAUCCAUACCAUCCAAUGCAGUCGUCAUCGACUCCUUGCCCCAUUCGAGUCAAGUGGGAGUCAUUCAACCGACAAAACCCUCUGAUCCGUUUGGGCCUACUGCUGCUAUACAUGACAAGGACGUGCACUUGAGCAGUCUCAAGUCUUCCUUCGUCAGUUCCCUCGAGGCCGCCGAGGAUCACACGAGUUCUACUGUCAUCACUGGAUCCACCAUCAUAUACUUCCCUCAAAAGACGACGAUCCAGCUGACGCAGCCCGUGACGGUGACGGCCAUCAGCGGCCAGGAAACCGUAUAUCAGCCUGGGGAUAUCCUGUUGAUCGUGACUAACGUGGACGGCACCACCAGCGUGUUUCCCUUAGAAACCGGAUCGACGACCCCCAGCACGGAUGAAGGGGUGACGGGUACGACGCAACAAGACCUCAAUGCUUCCGAAAGCAUUUUUGGUCCUCUGGGAGGACUCGGUAGCAACAAUAUCUUAGGAGGAGGUAAUGGAGAUGGUACGGGAAGUCCAGAUGUUGAUCCUGAUUUAGUAGUAGGUGGUGACCCUGGAGUGACAGGGGACGUAGUUGUCGACCCUCAAGGAACAGUAGCUGGGACAGGACCAUUGGGAGUGAAUGAAGCGGUUUCCGUCUCCACCAGCACGAGCACUAGCACGAGCUCGAGCACCAGCAGUAACAAUAAUAACCAGAGGCCACAGCCGUCGUUUGUACAGCCAGCAGCUCAAGUCCCAACCGUGGUGACAAAUGCAGCGAAUCCCCCUCCGGCUGCCGGCGGCGGUUCGAGUAUCUUCUCGAAUUUGAUGAAUCUGGGUGCACUGGCAGGUGCCCUGGCAGCUGGGACCACAGGUGCUCAGGCGGUGAGCGGAUUGGAUAUCAACCUUGGACCCAUCCUGGAUCGAGUCAGCGGUUUUUUCACCCGGACCGUGGACGACGAUGAAGCAGGCGAUCACGAUUCUGGAAACUUCCAACACGAUAAAUUCAAGCAUACCGGGAAUUUCCACCCACGUCUGCCGGUAUUGAAACGGAACGACACGAACACGAAUCGACGAAAUCGACCACGUCGCCCACCUCUCCCGGCCGGGAAACCCAGGGAACCGAUUUACAUCCCGGUCGGAGGACUAGGAGCGAGUCUCCGAAGACCGAACGAGGAAGACGAGGACAGAGAUCAGGACGGACCCGUGUUCAUUCCAUUGCACGGAGAACCAGAUGAAGCCACAUUCAGAAAACCCAUCGGCACAGAGAGGAUACAAGGUUUACGACCACCUGCCCCACCGAGACCACUGACUCGACCUCGACCUGCCCCAACCCAUCGCCCCGGCGAGGUCCCCAUCCGACCCGGUCAAGUUCUCUUCCAUCAACCUGGAGGCUCGAAUAUCGUCUUUGGAAAACCGGACGGAGAGCCAGGGAAAGAACCUGUGGCGAUCCCCAUCCAACUGGGCCGCCCGAUCACCGACUUACCAGGUCGACCGAUCCCGAUCCACUUCGGUAAACCGAUUCGGGUGGAGUCAGGUCCUCCUCGCUUGGAAACAGGCUUUACGGCCUUGUCAAACGAAAGGAGACCCGACUGGGUGAGCGUGGUUUCAGGGACGGAGACCGUGUUUUUCGACUCUAAACCCGAAGACUCGCAACGAAAGCCAUCUUCUGAACCGGCCGUCAACUUCCAGGGAAUCAGACCGACCUCCACCCAAGAGAUCCGGACCCCUCGUCCACGGCCUUCGCAACGACCCUCACCGUUGUUCCCCCCGAGAGACCCAGACGAAGGGCCGGUUCGCAUCCCGAUCCGACCUCCUUCGCCUCCUCCUACUCCUCCUCCUCAUAGGAGAAGGCCGAGCAUCCAAUGGCCAUCGGAACAGACGGUUUUGUCUUUGGAUGGAGACAAUCGAAUCGUGGCGACGCACAUCAUCAAAGACGGGGUGGGCGUCGCGAGGCCACCCCCGAGACCCGUCGUGAGCUCGGAAAUCCCCACCGACGACGUAAAAGAAGAGUACGAAGGAGACUACGAGGAAUACGGAACAGAGGAUGAAAUCCAUAUCGAAAGCAGUGCCACGACCACGGAACCCCCAUCUCGGAAACCCGUCGGUCCCAUACCCACCGCCCCCACUCUCACCCGCACCUCCUCCUCGUCUUCGUCCUCGGCCCGCAUCGAAACGGGCACCACCACCAUUUUCGGAGGCCUCUCGGACAAGGAAGACGGCUUCGACUACGAAGGCUACGACGACGACGAGAUCUUCCCGACGCGAUCGGGUGAGGCCAGUGGCGUCACGGAAGUCGUGGUCGGACCCGGCAAGGUGUCCACGAAAUUCAUCACCAGGACCGAGACGGUGACGAGAACGGUGACAGCCACGGAAACGAACGUCUACUACGUCCAAGGAAGACCCUUCACCAAGACGGAAGUGAUCACCAAGACCGUCCCCCCUCGAGUCCUCAUCUCCACCGUCGUCGGCGCCAGCACGGAAGUGAAUUUCGUGGAUGCCGACACCCACAGGGACGUCACCAAGAGUCAGUCUGAAACCGUCGACGAGAGCACCGAAGAGGUGUUCGUCGUCACGGCCGUUCCUCAAAAUCCUUCCCUCCGGGAUCACGAUCGUCAGGAUCACGCCUCUGCCAACGAGAUCCUCAAAGGCGUGGAGGAGACGAACGAAGUGAAUCGAGUGAUCCUGGGCGGCGUGGGAGGAGUUUCACCGGAUCGGGGACUGUCGGUGGAACAACCCACCGUCCCGGCCGUCUGCAAUCCGGGAUGCGGGAGCCAGGAAGUGUGUCGGGCUGCGGAACACGAUAACCGACCUCGGUGUGUCUGUCGACCCGGAUUCUCCCGACUUCAUGCACAUCUACCCUGCCAAGAGACGCGAACGUACAAGGUCUCCAUACCGAUCGAGGAGGCCGGAGGAGCGAAGCUUCGAUUCCGCGACGCCUUCCAUCGACUGGAUUCGGACGAGAGCAAUCAGCUGGCCUUCAUGGCUCGAGACGGGGUGGACAAGGCCAUCAAGGACACUCCUCUCGCUCCUCAUUAUCACGGCAGCUCCAUCGUCGCCUUCCAGCCUUUCAAUUCGCCCGGGAAGGACCCCGUCCAGGGGGUGAUGGUGGAACUCAUCGCCCAGGUCCGGAGCGUUUCCCUUUGCAAGCCAGAUGGCGGCCUACGAUGCAGUCGUGUGUCGGCUGAGGCGGGCAUCGACGAGGGGAUCCUUAGGCAGCACGUGGUCCAGGCCGUGGAAUCCCGCAAUUUCAGUCUGGGUGGAACCUCUCUCAAGACGUCUCCUAGCAUCAUUCAGCUCUUCUAUGCCGAAGGUCCGCUCGCGGUCGACUCGCUUCGGUGCGAAGACGCUCGUGCAUUCCCGUCCUUUCGGUCGAUGCUUCCAGAUUUCGACGAGUGUCUGGACGGAGAUCAUCACGAUUGUUCCGAGAACGGGAUGUGCAUGAACAAGCCGGGGACGUUCACGUGCAUCUGCAAGGACGGAUUUUCGGACGUCUCCCCGGAUCGCGCUCUCCCCGGACGCGUCUGCUCCGAUUCCGCUGCCAGCUGUUCCCAUUGCAACUAUCGUGGGGAAUGCUACACGACCAGAGACGGAAGGACGGCCUGCAAGUGUCAGGAAUGGUACUCCGGUGCCAGAUGCCAGCUCAACAUGAAAGUGCUGUUGAUCGUGCUGGUGACGAUCGGAGUGCUGUUGGUCCUGGGCUCGUGCAUCGCAAUCAUGGCCAUGUGUGCGAGAAGGAGAAAGGAGGGGAGAGGAGGAAGAAGCGGGAGAGGAGGAAGAUCUGUAGGAGGAGGCCCUAGCGGUGGUGGUUACCCAGGGGGAUUGUAUUCCAGGGGGAUCCUGGCACCGGAUCGCCGAGCCAUGAUCCACGAUACGUCCUCUGAAUCCUCCUUCCCGACGAUCCAUGAUGCAAUGGCUCCUCCUUCGAUCGGGAGGAAGAGAGGGAGUAGCAGCAGAGGCGGAAGAAGCGUCGAGGGUGAUCGGAGUCUCCCGGGGACGACGACCAUCCCCCCAGUCCUCAUCCCCAGGGCUAAGAUGGGCAUGAUGGGAGGUGGAGACAAGGAGGCCGGGGGACGGAGCAGCCGUGGUUCUUCCACCGCCCCCGCCGUCACCGUCGGCCCGGACCCCAACGCCGAACUCACCUCUCUCACCCCAGCCGAAAGGAAUCUCCUUGCCAUCCUCCAUCCUCAUCUCCACCCCGUUCGUUUCUAUUUAUUUUUAUCCGGCUUCGUAUUCGUGCCUGACGCGAUGUCAAGGGCGAGUCUGAAACCAUCCCCGAACGAGCGCACUCUUGGAGUCGUUUUAGUGCCCGGUGAAGAAGCCCCGUGUGCCCUGUGGCCAGUAUUCGUCCAGGGCAUUGCGAAACUCUUUCAACGAGUUACUCACCCAACGGUAUUGAAAGUGGAUGAGAACUCGGCCCCGUAA